AUCAAGCGUAACGUUAGGACAUUGUAAACUUAUAUUACCUCUCUUCGUAUAAAAAACAUGUUUCGUUUAAUAAAACACAAGUUGUAUAAUGUGCGUGUUAAUUGUAUAAGAUCGGUAACAACAAGAGCAGUGAAUUUAACAUCCACCAUACAACUACCAGAUCAUGCAGAUGUUGUAAUAGUAGGUGGAGGUAGCGCCGGUUGUAAUGCUCUCUAUCGCUUAGGAAAAUAUGGUGUUAACGCCGUAUUAUUAGAUAAGUCAAAACUAACAUCUGGUACAACAUGGCAUACUGCUGGACUUAUGUGGAGUAUUCGUGGUCCAAGUGACAUUGAAAUGGAAUUGUUGAAUGCUACAAGAUACAUUCUUAACACUUUGGAAAAAGAAACUGGGAUAAAUCCAGGAUGGAUAAAGAACGGCGGACUUUACAUUGCACGUUCCAAUGAACGAUUAGAUGAAUACAGAAGGAUGAUCACUGGUUCAAAAGCUUUUGGUAUUCAAGCACAUCUAAUUUCUCCCCAAGAAGCAAAGGAAUUAUUUCCUUUACUGAAUGAAAACGGUAUUCGAGGAGCUAUUUACUCUUCAGAAGAUGGGGUUAUUGAUCCGACUAUGUUAAUAAAUGCUUUGACGAAAUCAGCAAAAAGUAAUGGUUGUCAGAUCAUUGAAGCUUGUCCUGUUAUAAAGAUACUCACAAAAGAAACUAUUAAAAACAAUAAAAUGAUUUAUGGUGUAGAGACACCAUAUGGAAUUAUAAAAACAGAUGUUGUUCUCAAUGCUGCUGGAGUUUGGUCAAAAAAUGUAGCAAACAUGGUAGACGUGAACAUACCUCUAACACCGAUCAAACAUGCUUAUGUUGUUACAGAACCUAUAGAAGGAAUACAGGGUCUUCCAAAUAUUAGAGACCCUGAUAUCAGUCUGUAUUUUCGGAUACAGGGUAGUUCCAUAGCUAUAGGUGGUUACGAACCAAAUCCUAUCGUGAUACCAUCUGUUCCCGAACAUUUUUCAUUUAGUCUCUAUGAAUUAGAUUGGAAUAUCUUCAAUGCACAUUUAGAAUCAAUGAUUCAGUUAAUUCCUAAGUUAUCAACAACUGGAAUAAGAACAACGAUAUGCGGACCGGAAAGUUUCACUCCAGAUCAUAGACCGAUUAUGGGAGAAGAUCCUCGUUGUUCCGGAUUGUUCUAUUCUUGUGGUUAUAAUAGUGCAGGAAUGAUGUUAGGAGGUGGAUGCGGAGAACAAAUUGCCCAUUGGAUAAUCAAUGGUCGGCCAGAUAAAUACAUGUUCAACUAUGACAUUAGAAGAUUUCUACCGGAACAAAGAAAUAAUUUUAUUUGGGCAAAUGAUAGAUCUUACGAAGCCUAUGCAAAAAAUUACACCAUUAUAUUUCCACAUGAUGAACCACUAUGUGGUAGAAAUCUUAAAACAGAUCCUUUUCACAAUUUGCUUGUUAAAGAGGGUGCUAUCAUGGAAGAACGCCAGGGCUGGGAGCGACCUGGAUGGUUUUCUUCCACGAAAAAUGUUGAAAUUAUGCCAUACAGUUAUGGUGAAUGUUGCGGAACAAGAAAAAAACGGAAUGACAUAUAUCGUGCAAUUCUAGAAAGAGAAUAUAAUUUUAAUUUUUCACCGUAUCAUAACAUAAUACGAGAAGAAGCUAUUGCUUGUCGUAAAAAUGUUGCUUUAUUCAAUAUGUCUCAUCUCGGAAAAUUCUAUCUUUGUGGGCCAGACGCUCAAGAAACGGCAAAUUAUUUGUUCACGGCAAACACGAACCGCGGUAUUAAUAAAACAAUUUACACUUGCAUGUUGAAUCAUGCCGGAGGCGUAGAAACAGACUGUACAGUUACAGUCAUGGAACCUGGCACAAGUGAAAUUGUAAAUCUCAUAUUUAAAGAAAGAGCAUUCUAUAUUGUUUCAAGCGGCGUAUCAGCAUAUCAUACUUGGGCUCAUAUCAACAAGGUAAUAGCAGAGAACAGCUUUGAUGUAUCUUUACACGACAUCACCGAACAAAUUGGUAUUCUAUCUGUACAAGGACCUAAUAGCCGAAAAAUAGUGGAACUAUUGAUAAAAGAGGAAAUCUCCGAUGAAUCUUUCAAAUAUUCAACCACAAAACUAGUGAAAAUUGAAAACGAAGUGGUGCGCUUAAUUAGGCUCAGUUUCAUUGGUGAACUUGGUUUCGAGUUACAUAUUUCAAAAUCAUCUUGUCAACUAGUUUAUACAGCUUUGAUAGAUUGUGCUAAAUCGUACCAUAUGAAGUUUGCUGGAUAUCGAGCACUGCAUAGCCUUAGUUGCGAAAAGGGCAAUCUACUUUGGGGUUCAGAUCUUAGAACCGAUGAUAAUCCCGUCGAAGCGGGAUUAGGAUUUAUUUGUCGCAAUACUGGAAAAUAUUUAGGAAAAAUGGCAGUCGAUCGGUUGCGAAAAAUUGGAGUUAAAAAGAAACUGGUACGCGUUCAUCUAAAUGGUGGUACCGUUCCAUUAUGGGGUUUAGAAGCUAUUUAUAGAAAUAAUUGUCUUGUUGGUUAUUUACGAAGGGCAGAACAGGGAUACAGCUGUGGAAAUACCAUUGGUCAUGGGUACAUCCAGCACCCGAACGGAGGAUCUGUGACAAAAGAAUUUGUAGAAAAUGGUAACUAUGAGAUUGAAGCAAUGGGGAAACGAUACGCGUUAGAUCUUUACCGUCCAACUUCAUCUGAUCAGAUAUGA